AUGCAGCCCUUCUGGCUCUGCUGGGCACUGUGGGCGCUGCCCUUGGCUGGUGCCGGGGUGGCCCUGACCGAGGAGCGGAUCCUGGGCAGCCUGCUGCAGCAGCUGCACCUCCACGAAGUUCCUGUCCUGGACAAGGCCGCUGUGGAGGGGCUGGUCAUCCCUGUACACGUGAGGGCCCAGUACGUGGCCCUGCUGCAGCGCAGCCACAGGGCCCACUCCCGGGAGAAGAGGUUCAGCCAGAACUUCCGAGAGGUGGCCGGCAGGUUCCUGCUGUCCGAGGCCUCCUCGCACCUGCUGGUGUUCGACAUGGAGCAGCGGCUGCCGCCGCACAGCGAGCUGGUGCAGGCCGUGCUGCGCCUCUUCCAGGAGCCGGUCCCCAAGGCCGCGCUCCGCAGGCACGAGCGGCUCUUCCCGCGCAGCGACCGCGCCCGGGUCACCGUCCAGUGGCUGCACGUCCGCGACGAUGGCUCCAACCGCACCUCCCUCGUCGACUCCAGGCUGGUGUCCAUCCACGAGAGCGGCUGGAAGGCCUUGGACGUGACCGAGGCCGUGAACUUCUGGCAGCAGCUGUGCCGGCCCCGGCAGCCGCUGCUGCUGCAGGUGUCGGUGCAGCGGGAGCACCUGGGCCCGCUGGCCUCCAGCGCCCACAGGCUGGUCCGCUUCGCCUCGCAGGGGCCGCUGGGCACCGGGCAGGGGGAGCCCCAGCUGGAGCUGCACACCCUGGACCUCAGGGACUACGGAGCUCAGGGAAAUUGUGAUCGUAAGGCACCAGGGACUGAGGGCACCCGCCGCUGCUGCCGCCAGGAGAUGUACAUUGACCUGCAGGGGAUGAAGUGGGCUGAGAACUGGGUCCUGGAGCCCCCGGGCUUCCUGGCCUAUGAGUGUGUGGGCACCUGCCAGCAGCCCCCGGAAUCCCUGACCGUCAAGUGGCCAUUUUUGGGGCCUCGACAGUGCAUCGCCUCAGAGACGACCUCCCUGCCCAUGAUCGUCAGCAUCCAGGAGGGAGGCAAGGCCAGGCCCCAGGUGGUCAGCCUGCCCAACAUGAGGGUGCAGAAGUGCAGCUGUGCCUCGGAUGGGGCGCCUGUGCCAAGGAAGCUGGAGCCCUAG